ACGCUACCAAGUCGUGAGUCGUGACUUGAAGUCGUAACUUACGGGCUAAACAUUAUGUCUGGAACGCAGCAGCAUUAGCUAAUGUCAAUAUCUGCGGUUACGUAGCUAAUGUUACAGGUCACAGGAAACUCCGACACACAACCCAAAGUCGAGUCAUAUGUAGAUUUUAUUUUUGUCACAAAGGCCGUUAAAUCGUAUAUAAACAGACACUCUCUUGUCCAAUGCUAUUUAAAAUAUGGAUAAGUCCACCGUGUUGAACACAGCGGGUGGAGAGGGUGCAGAUAAAUGUUUUAUCUGUCUGAGCCCCUUUGAAAAGCAAUCAGUGGCCUCUCUGGAGAACUGCCAGCAUGUCUUUUGCCUUGAAUGUAUUCUGCAAUGGUCCCAGACAGCCAACACCUGCCCAGUGGAUCGGAGCAGUUUUGCUUUCAUCCACCAGAGAUGGUGUCCUGGAGGGGACAUUCAAAAGAAGAUCAAAGUGAGGACGAAGAAAAAGGAGGAGGAGGAGGAUGAAGAGGAGGGGAGCAAUGCUGUUAUCUGUGAGGAAUGUGGACGCAGUGACCGCAGGCACCGGCUGCUAGUGUGCAUCCGCUGUGAUUCAGGGUAUCAUAUGGAGUGCUUGACACCCUCUUUAAACACAGGCCCUGACGGUGACUGGAUGUGUCCUGAGUGUGCGCUCAGUCCUCAGCAUACAGACCCCUCCGUGGUGGAGGGGGAGAUCAGUGAUGGAGAAUUAACAGACCUCCUAGCUGAAGCAGAUGAAACUGCGUCUACCGGCGGUCGCCUUCGGCCCUCCACCAUAAAUCGUCCCAGCAGCUCCCGCGAACGACAACACAGCCAGAGGAUCCUGAGCAGGGCCAGCAGCAAUCCUCAUCCUCGCCCCCAAACCUCCUGGCGUGUGCCUAAAUACCUGUUAGGGGCAUCAACGCCUGCAGUCACAACAGAUGAAGUAGCUGCACUACAUCCCAGUGACACCAGUAGCGCUUCAGUCACAUUAAAGAAGAGAAAAAGAAAGAUGCGUGCAACUUGAGCUCCUGAAGCUUCUGACGUCAACAAGAGUAGACGUUGGAAGUUGGUGUGUAUCGUCACUGUGUGAUGAAGGUGCUCUUGUCUAAAGAUGACCACAUGGUGGCAGCAUUGUGUUAGCAGUUGGGUGUUGAGUUCCAGCCAUAAACAUUAUGCCAAGGCACCUUCUGCUGUUGCUAUAUAUAUAUAUAUAUAGUUUUUUUUAUAUAUUUAUAUUUACUAUUUUUGUUACCCUUUGAAAAAAAAUUACUGUUAAAUGUUUUUGUUAAACUUAUAAGGCUGGCAUUAUUCUAUACUUUACUUACUGUCAAUAAAUCCCAU